UUGCAAUUUAUAAAGCAGGAUAUUUUUCCAACCCAGAUCACAAGAGUUGAUCCCUGAUAGAGAUUAGUUAACAUGAGGACACACUGGUCUACAUUAGCUGCCCUGAUUUUAGGGUUUUGUGUUGUUUUGUCAUCUAACUCCAUCAUGCCUAAACCUGGUAACUGUCCCAGAGAUGUGCCUUUCAUCAUGCCACUUCCACCAAGACCACCUUGCAACUUUGACAAUGACUGUCCUGAAGAUGAAAAAUGCUGUUUCUUUAACCAUCAACGUACCUGUGUGUCUCCUGUUCCAACAACACCACGGUGUCCAAUCAUUCCAGGAGUAAUGCCCAUUUGUGGUGAAAUGUGCUCUUCUGACAGUGAUUGUCCAUUUGGUGAAAAAUGCUGCGACAACGGAUGUGGACACGUUUGCUUGUCACAUGAACUGGUGAAACCAGGAAGCUGUCCCAUUGUUCUGUUUUCCCUCCGUUGUUUUGAUCACUGCCGAGGUGACAGCAGCUGUUCCAAUGAGCUGAAGUGUUGUCCUACAAUCUGUGGCUUUAAAUGUGUGGAGCCUAUUUGUGAAUUUGAGUUAGACCCCCCGUCAUACAUAAUCUCCCAUCACAAAGAGAAAGGUUCCCACCAGAUGGAUAGGCCGUCUGUCCAGGGUGCAACCCGCAUGUUUGCCCAAAGACAGCUGGAGAUAGGCACCAGCCCCGCUAGAUUAGUUAACAUGAGGACACACUGGUCUACAUUAGCUGCCCUGAUUUUAGGGUUUUGUGUUGUUUUGUCAUCUAACUCCAUUAUGCCCAAACCUGGUAACUGUCCCAGUGAUUCGAUUGUCACCAUGCCACUGUCACCAAGACCACCUUGCAACUUUGAUGGUGACUGUCCUGUAGAUGAAAAAUGUUGUUUUCUUAACGAUCUGUUUACCUGUGUGUCUCCUGUACAAACAUCGCCACGAUGUCCAGUCAUUCCUGGAGUGAUGUACAUAUGUGCUGAGCAUUGCACUGAUGACAGUGAUUGUCCACCUGGUGAAAAGUGCUGCUAUGAUGGAUGUGGACACAUUUGCUUGUCACAAGAAAUGAUGAAACCAGGAAACUGCCCCACUAACUUGUUCGCCCCCCGUUGUGUUGAACACUGCCGAGUUGACAGCAGCUGCCCCAAUGAGCUGAAGUGCUGUCCAACACCAUGUGGUUUUUCCUGUGUGAUGCCUGUUUUUUGAUCCGUACCAGACGUACAUACUUCUUUUUCCAACAUAUGGCUGAUCAGAUUUACUGAAUAAAAACAAUUUCCUUUUUUUUUUC